AUGGGGAGCUCAGCCUCGUCUCUCACUGCGGAGACAGAGUCAGACCAUGGCUUCCGCAGCACCCCGUACCCGUCGUCACCCCCUGUGGGCUGGCUCAGGAACAGCCACAGCAGCCCGGUGUGGGGCACCACCUUCAUCACGCGUCAGCAGCAGCCCCCGCUGCCUCACCGAGAGCGCAGCCACUCUCACUCCCCUGGCUCCAUGGCAGCAGCGGUGCGAGGCAGUGAGUGGUCAUGUGGACGCUGCACCUUCUUAAAUGCCGGCGCAGCACCCCGCUGUUCCAUCUGCGAGGCACCACGCCAGAAACCUGACCUUAACCAGAUCCUGCGACUGAGCAGCACCGAGGAGCAUCGCUGGGCCUGCCCCCGCUGUACACUCAACAACCCGCAGGGAUCUGGAGCCUGCUCUGUUUGUGGCUUUGGACCAUCCCCCGCCACUCACACCCCUCCAACAACCACCAUUGCUGCCACUGCCAACGGCCUCCCGCCCGCUCCAGUUGAACCCCCAGCACCUACUGUCACCCCCACUGUUCUACUUGAGCCCCAUGGACAGCAUCCGCCUAAGGAGGAAGUGCUCCGACGGUCUGAGAGCAACGGAGAGGUGGUUGGUCUGGAGGUGCACCACUCGGGGUGGGCUUGCCCUCGCUGCACACUUCACAACACACCUGUGGCACUGUCAUGCUCAGCCUGUGGCGGGCCCAGGAAACUGUCUUUGCCUAAAAUACCCCCUGAGGCACUAGUGGUGCCUGAGGUGCGCACGCCUGUGCUUGGGUUUCCUGUUCACACAGCAGGGGCUGCUCCACUCCUCAUAGACCUAACGGAUGACUCUCCCCCAGCCCCUCCCUGUGAUCCUCAAGAACCUCCCCAUGUCUCCUCACAGUCCCUUUCCUCCCCUUUCACUGCUUUUUCCUCCUCCCUCCAAAACAACCCUGUGCCCCGCAGCAGGAGAGAAGUGCCCCCUCCAGGGCGCCCACCAAACCCAGGUACCAACACUCCCAGCCCCACGUCCCCUUCAGCGACCAGUGUGCCACCCCAGCCGGGCCCACAACGGCCAGCCAAGCCCAAACAUGCCCAGCCCCAAGAACCUUCUUACCCCAGCAAGCGCCUCAGUAUCUUGGAAGAAGAAGACCACCAUCCGCUGACCCCCCACGUCCCUGUUCCUUCUUCAUCCGCCCCCACCUGGAAGUGCCCUAGCUGCUCGUUGCCCAACCCAGGCGGCUCAUCGAAGUGCGAAGCCUGCCGAUCGUCGUGGGCCGGUGCUGACCUCAUUGAUCUCGUAGGCUGUGAGACGGUACGAUUUACCCCGGCCAGCCCCUCCAGCCCGGACUUUAGCACCUGGGCAUGCUCCAAGUGCACGCUGCGCAACCCAACAGGUGCCCCCAAGUGCUCGGCAUGUGGUUCUUCAAAGCUGCAUGGCUUUCAGGAGCAGCAGGUGCCACUGCCCCGCUGCUGUACACACUGUGGCCUCCCACAGGGGGCUGGCACUGCAUCAUGCUCCUGCACACCUUCCUCCUCCUCGGGUCAUAAAACACGGAAACAGGCCCGGGGUUACCCUCCCUCCUCCUCCUCCGCUAUUGCUUCAAGCUCCUCUUCCUCCAUCACCUCAUCAAGCCUUCAGGAGAAGAUAGGACAGUGGAGCUGCCCAGCAUGUACGCUGCUCAAUGACACCAAGGCCAAGAACUGUGCAGCAUGCCACACACCGCAGCAGUACCUCACCCUCCGCAAAGUCGUCAAGCCUCUGAAGAGGAGGGAGAGCAUGCAUGUAGAGGCCCGCCGACGGAAUGAUGAGGGCGAGGCCAAGGAGCUCUGGGAGAACAUCGUGAGCUUCUGCAGAGAGAACUCUGUGAACUUCGUGGAUGACAGUUUCCCCCCGGGACCUCGCUCCGUGGGCUUCCCCGAGGGCGACAGUGUCCAGCAGCGGAUUAAAAAGUGGCUCCGUCCCCACGAGAUCAACUGCAGCAACUUCAAAGACCGGGGCGUCAAGUGGUCCGUCUUCCGCACGCCUCGACCGUCCGACAUCUUGCAAGGCCUGCUUGGGAACUGCUGGUUCCUGAGCGCGCUGGCGGUGCUGGCGGAGCGUCCAGAGCUGGUGGAAAGGGUGAUGAUCACCAGGACCAUCUGCCCAGAGGGGGCCUACCAGGUGCGGUUAUGUAAAGACGGGACGUGGACCACAGUGCUGGUGGACGACAUGCUGCCCUGUGACGACUAUGGCUACCUCCUCUUCUCCCAGGCCCAGAGGAAGCAGCUAUGGGUGGCGCUGAUUGAGAAGGCCCUGGCCAAACUCCAUGGCUCCUACUUCGCCCUGCAGGCAGGGCGUGCCAUCGAGGGCCUGGCCACGCUGACGGGAGCUCCGUGCGAUUCCCUGAUGCUCCAGGUCAGCUCCACCAACCCUCGGGAGGAGCCCAUCGAUACGGACCUCAUCUGGGCCAAGAUGCUCAGCUCCAAGGAGGCUGGGUUUCUGAUGGGUGCGUCCUGUGGAGGAGGCAACAUGAAGGUGGACGACGUUGUCUACGAGUCUCUGGGCCUGCGGCCUCGACACGCCUACUCUGUCCUGGACGUACGAGACGUUCAGGGUUACAGGCUGCUGCGACUGCGGAACCCGUGGGGUCGCUUCUCGUGGAACGGCAGCUGGUCGGACGAGUGGACGGACUGGCCGCAGCACCUGCGUCACGAGCUGAUGGCUCACGGCAGCAGCGAAGGUGUCUUCUGGAUGGAGUACACAGACUUCAUAAAGUACUUUGACUCAGUGGACAUCUGCAAGAUCCACUCGGACUGGCAGGAGGUGAGGCUGCAGGGCUGCUUCCCCAGCAAGGCGAGCGGGCCGGUCACCGUCACAGCCCUCACGGUGCUCGAGAGGACGGCGUUGGAGUUUGCCCUUUUUCAGGAGGGAAGCAGGCGCUCAGACACGGCUGACAGCCACCUGCUGGACCUGUGCAUCAUGGUGUUUCGCGCCUCAUUUGGCAGCGGCAACAAGCUGACUCUGGGCCGCCUGUUGGCGCACAGCAAGCGAGCAGUGAAGAAGUUUGUCGGCUGCGAUGUGAUGCUGGAGCCGGGGGAGUACGCCGUCGUCUGCUGCGCCUUCAACCACUGGCAGAUGAAUGUCAGCGGUACGGGAGGUCCACCCACACCCAUCUCCAGCCCCACAAGCGGAGCAGCAAGGCGGCCCAGCCAGGACUUCCCCGGCUACAUCCUCGCCAUCUACAGCUCCAGGCAGGUGAUGGUGGAGCAAGUGGAGGCGACCGCCACCACGCUCGCUGACGCCAUUAUCCUCCUCACAGAAAACAAAGGGGAAAGGCACGAGGGCCGUGAGGGCAUGACCUGCUACUACCUGACCCACGGCUGGGCAGGGCUCAUCGUGGUGGUGGAGAACCGCCACCCUAAAUACUACCUCCACGUCUCCUGCGACUGCACUGACAGCUUCAAUGUGGUGUCCACGCGCGGCAGCCUCAAGACCAUCGACAGCGUCCCGCCUCUGCACAGGCAGGUGCUGGUGGUACUUUCCCAGCUGGAAGGAAACGCCGGCUUCUCCAUCACCCACCGCCUGGCUCACCGCAAGGCAGCCCAGGCCUCCCUCGGAGACUGGACGCCCACCAAGGCCACCCACAGCCCCCAGCUCACCCCGGACAUUGACGGCCUGCACCGGCCCCGGCCGCUAUGACCACCGCCCACUGACUCGAGCGCGCAGACUGUAGUCUAAUGAACUGUCAGACCACUGGAAAACCAGGCAAGGGAGGGCGAGUGAUGUGUGUAUUAGCUUGUCUUUUGUUGGAUGAAUACACACCUGAAUGUAAAAAGCAUCAACGGGCAGCGUUUACAGUCUGAGCUCCAUUAAUGCUGAAGUUUUCAUCCGGCGAGUGCUCUCCCUCUCUCCCUUGCCAAGUGGAUGUGCCAUGUCAGGAUGAAAUGAGGGAUGCGGGGGCCAUGCCGGGUGACCGGGACUUACUCACGAAACAAUUUUUCACCCAGCUGGAUCCCGUUCUAGACUACUUAACAAUCUGGACCUUUUGUUUUUGUUUUGUUUUUUGUUUUUUUGGUACAAGCGCUGUUCGUGGAACAGAUUUCACCCCUGAGUUUCCUUGAGACGACCCAUGAGCUUCGCAGAAGUCAGGGUGGAGUGCCCGAAACUACUGAGCCAUUCGCCGGCCCACAGCCUAUGAGCCAAUCACCCGCAGCGACCGGACACUCACCCCCCUCCCGUGUCCUCCACGAGGACAGUUAACAAAGCAGGAGACGUCAGGGGUGGAGUUGAUCUCACACGGCCCUCAUCAUGGUACUUCUUGAGCCAAACAUGUAGUUUUACUGACACGUUCCUUUUUUAAAUUUUUUUAUGUGAGGAUACACACAUCUUAACACACAACCCUCAUUGCCGUCUUGUCCAUAUUUGUGUUUUUGAGGUCGUAGGAAAAGCCAUCAUUCAUACACAGUACUGUCUGUCCCUGCUCUCCAUCAUCACCACAGUGCUGUCUAGCGCUCUCUCUCGCUCAGGACCAAACCCGUGAUUUGUACAGUGAGCUUGUGUGUGCGUGGCAGGUGUUUUGCUGGAACAGCAUCUUUCUGUCUCUCUGUUGUUCGUCCCUGACUCAUAGUAGAUUCCCCGCCCCUCAUGUUUUGAUAGACUAACAUACAACUCUCUUUUUUCCCCCCCAUUCUUUUACUUACUUUAAUUCAUUUUCACUCAGCCUCAGUUUGGGGUCCAAAUGCUGGAGGGGAGUCAUUACAUGACCGGCUUUGUAGUUUUCCCCUAAAGCACGCUGGCUUUUCUCAAGCAGUUUAUAUCUUAACGCAUAAAUUCACACUUUGGGAGCAGCUCGGCCCUCUAGACAUUACAUAAGGUGAUUUAAUGCUGUGUCUUGCACUCAAAAAUUUGUGUUUUUUUCUUUUUGGUACUGAAGGUCAGUGAGUAUUUGUCUAUUUUCCGCAUGUCAACAGUUUGCUAGUAUGUUGAUUUACACCUGAGCUUACCCCGGGAGUGCUAGAGGAGCUUGUGGCUGUUUGAACAGUCGGUUUGCCAUAGGGGAGCUCUUAAGAAGAGCUACCGAGUUUACUUUGGGAGGUCGGGGACCAUUUUUGUUUGCUCGGGUGCAGCGCGAGCAUCUGGGCCAUCCCUCCCACUAGAGUACACCGACAGCACAUUAGCGACAGCACAGUGUCCUCGUGUAAUAACAAAUUACCGUUUUGUCAGACUGCGUGCACACAUAACAAGAGAGAGAAGGCGGCCCCUGGGACACACGGUGACACAGAAAAGAGUCGAGUUCCUCGAAGUUUGGGCUGCCUACAGCUGUUUUUACGUAGGUGCUCUUUCAGGGCCCCCACCGUGUCAAAGCCAUUACGCCUGUUUCGUUAAGGAUCUUUAAGUCCUCGACCAUGGCAACAUAAGUGUUUUAUCAGAGAGAGGGGGGUGUAACAUGGUACUACCAGUUACAAGAUGGGAGUGGGAAAUUGUUCGUCUGGUCAAAGUUGGUGUCUUACUUUUUAUGUGGUGAAAAGGGGAAAAACUUGAAAAGCUGAUGAGCAAAAUGCCGGGAUAAAUGAAUGCUCUUUUUUUUCUUAAUGUUAAGAGUCUAAACAUUAAAGAUUCAGUUGAGGACUUAAGCUCAGCGACAUUGAGUUAAACAAGCGCUGAAUCUCAUGAGCAUCGUCCCUGCUCGUGUUGGCACUGUCAGCGCUGAUGGCAAAUGGCAGCAACGUGUCCCAAAUGCUUGCGGCGAACGCUUUUGCAGUCUUACUUAGUCCACCAGCUCUGGUGGGCUGCGUUUCACGACAAGAAAAAAAGAAAAAAAAAACUACUACAGCAGUUGCAAACGUUUCCGCGACGAAACCUGAACCUGAAGUAACUGUAAAUAUGCUCUCCAAAGACAAACCUAAUGACCACUUUUUCAGAUGUCAGUCUGCCCUGUGUGAGUGUGUGCGUGCUCGCAGAAGUGUGUAAUUUAUUUGUUGUUAGAAGUGAUUUGCAGGCCUGUUGUCUGAUGAAUAUAUUAAUACUGAACUGAUGAAUGACAGAUAAAGGAAUGUGACGAUGUGAGUCUUCACCUUGAGCCCCGGAGGGAUUAUUAGCUUGACGAGAGCUGAACCUGCACUGAAACACCUGCAACGACGAGGCACCUCAAAAUUCAGUGUCACCGCUGGAUCACUUUACAUUUACAUGAGAUUUCUUUUUUUUUGUUUUGUUUUAUACUAUAUUUUGUUUUUCUUUUUCGUCAUACUUGUCAUUUUUGGCUCUGUGCUGGUGUCCUAUGAAACCUACUCCUCUUCUGUGAAGUUGUGGUGGUGACUCCUCUGUGCGCCACAGGCGCCCCCUGCUGUCGAAAGAGAAAAGCUGGUCGUUCACAGACUCCAGCAGACAAAAACAAAAAAAAAAAGAAGCCUUUUCUCUCCUCUCCCUCGUCUGGUUCCCUCCUUGUAAAUUGUACAGAAUUGCAAUCUUAAGCCACACAAAAGAUAACAAAAAAAAAGAGGAAUAAAAAUGAACUGACCCUUUUAAACUUGUAAAGAAAAAAAAUGAAAGUAUGAUAGUAGAAAUUAAAAAAAUUAAACCUGAUGCUGAAAAAAAUGGAACUCUGAUGAAUGUGAUAUAUAUUUUAUUGAUCUUUUCUGGGACAGGGGGGAUAUGAGUAUAUGUGUACAAACAUAUGUAUGUUUAAUUUUCAAUCUCAGGUUCCGAUGGACCAAAUAAAUUUUUUUAAAUUAAA